AUGAAUUCCGAUAAAGGAGCUACAGAAUCUAGAACGGUACGCGAAACUGGUUUCUCUGGGAUAGUUAUGAGCGACUUUGAAGAAAAUGAGAAGAAGAGGAGUCUAGAACUAUUCAGUGAUUCAACAUCGUCCAGUGAAACCACCGUGCAUAAAGAUUCCUGCCGGAAAAUUUGCAUCAUUGCUAAAUUACAGUGUGUAUUAUUCCCUAUGAAACUAUUCGGAUUGUACAUCCAAGAAGCGACAAGUGCCUGUGGACAAGACUUUUCAAGUCGAAGAAGGCCUUAUUAUCUAAAGCGUGCGUAUCAGUGCUUUGUAUUGGCGCUUCUAUGGGGCUAUUUUUUGAAGGCCUGCGCUCACUGGAUCAUAUCCUCUCGAUCUAAUGUUCCUAUGCUGUUGUGGAAUUUCCAGACCGCUCUGCAGGGCACGAUAUGUUUUUUCACCAUGCAUUUGACAGGGAAGAAAUCAAACUUGAAAAGUUUGUUGAUGUACUGGAACACGCAACCCAAUUUCGACGAAUUAGUCACUGAACCGUAUAUGAUAAAAUGUGUCAAAAGGACUCAACUUGCGGUUUAUUUCCUAAUGGCAUUCAAUACAGUGCUUUAUGGUUUAAUCCUGUUCCUUCCCUCAGAGUCUUUACAGCCCCUUGCCGAUUCAGUUAUCUCCCCGCUCCCUGACAGCAUGGCCAGCCGGGUCAUUUUCUUUUUCCUCUCUCUGUAUUGUUCAGCUGCUUGGUUAAUGCCCUUUGGAAUCUUUACCGCUGUGUGCCUGACCCUAAUUCACCAGUGCCAUCGUCUGCGAAAGACACUACGACUAACAGCCUCCGCCAAUGAAAUAAGAAGAAUCAAAAUUUUAAGGCAGCAGCAUUCGUCCCUGUGUGGCUCCGUGAGAAAGGUCGACAACUUGUUUAAAUUCUUGACGCUUGUUGUUUAUGUGACAAACAUUCCAUUGGUGUGCUUUCUUCUCUUCGAUUUAAUAUUUAGCAGGCCCAAUGGCGUGACAACUCAACUGACCUUGAGUUUUUGGUUUGUCACUGUUGCUUUGAUAAUGAUCAUCGUGUCAUUCCUUGGCGCGCAUUUAAACAGUAAGGUAAGCUACAAGGUAUCUAUAAUCACAGACAAAAGUAGUUGGGAAGGUUGUACAAUAUAACAGUAGUCCAUUUUAAUCCUCAAAGACGAGAGUUUUCUCUUUUGCUAAAUAUCCCCCGUCACCCCUCUUCAAUAGAGAGUUUUAGCAUCGACGACGGCGACGGCAACGAAAACGUCACUUUUAAAAGGAAUUUCGCGUUUAUUACAAUUCGCUGAAAAUGUCUAAAGUAGGCAAAUUUCUCUAGAGUUGAUUUCUUGGGGACCGCAUUCAAGUUAAGAAAGAGAAAGAAAAUUUCAUCGUCGCUUGUUCACGUCCUCCAUAAAACGUGAAAUUAGGCAAUUUCACGUCGUAGUCGUGCAGUAACGGCUAAGAAAUGUACAAAAAAGCGUGAUGCACCUUCAAACCUGUUGUUUUGCUUAAUACAGCUAUUACUGUUUUGACGGUCUCGCUGCCGUUGCCGUCGUCGUAUAAAACUUCCUAAUGUUGGGAUAUAACUGAACAAUUACGCGCACAAACAUUAAAGUUUUGCUCAACAUUGGGCCAGGGGUUGGAGGAGAAAGGAAAAAAAAGGUAAAAAAGCAACCUUCCCAACACUUUUGACGAAAAUUGUAGGUAUUAAGUCCUAUGGCAGGUAAUUUAGUUUCCAGAAUCCGGGAAAUUUUGGCUUGUGGAAUCCAGAAUCCUGCUCUUUGGAAUCCGGAAUUUAACUCAAGGAAUCCCGAAUCCCUGCUACGAUUAGAAUCCUGAAUCCCGGUUCCUCUGAUAAUGAAUCUGGAAUCCGGUACCUGGUUUCCGGAAUCCACAGCGUGGGGAGGGGGACAUUGGGGGUACCCAAUACCGCAAUACCGUACGAUAAAUUUGCAAAUACCGAAAUACCGUGUCGAAAAUGGAUGAAAUACCGGUACCGUAUUUAUGAUCGGUGACGCUUACUUAACGUUGUAUCCACCUCGUGUGUGCAUGUAUACGCCAGAAAUCAACCUCAGCCUUCGCGAGAAAACGUGAGAAGAUCUCGAAUUGAUCGGUACAACGAUCGAAAAGCCAGGUCAUUGGAUGUCCUACAAAUUUCAUCAUAGUGUAACCGUCAGAAAUUGUGUAUUCAGUUACCGUUAAGUCUAAAGUCUUCCACUGAUAUUGACCUAUACAUUAGACAGGAGAGCCCAGUGAACAGUACCGCAAUACCGUGAAGGAUCUUCUUUUACUGAAUACCGUAGCCAGAGGGAUGAAAAACCGCAGACGGAAGGGCUGGAUGAUACCGCAAGACCGCACAUUAAAAUCAAAAUUACCGAAAUACCGCUUGAAAAAAAGCUCAAUACCGCAAUACCGUAAACCCCCGACCCAUGUCCCCCUCGGUGAGAUCCAAAACUCUUAUUUUCAGAACGAGUCAGAGUGUAAGGAAUGACUUCUAUUUGCUGCAUCAGAGUAAAAUGAUAUCAAUUAAAACCGAUCUUUUGAAAAUGAGUUUUAUUUGCUUGAGAAUAGAAACUUACUUGCAAUAACUGAAUAAGAAAGAAUCAAGAUUUUUAUACACUAAAACUUCUUAUGAAGAAAAAAUUAAUGACUCAUAACUCAGAUUCUUUUUGCUAGAGCUACCUAACUUAACUGCUUUGAUUGUAUUCAACUAACAUCUCACUGUUAUGAUUUUCCUUUUUACUUUUCAGAUUCAUUCAUUUACAGAAGUUGUUCAAAGAGUUCAAAUUUCCAAUGUUGAUUUGGACACACACACCGAGGUACUCGAAAAUACUAGAUAUGUUUCAAAACCCUUCGCCUAUAAAUACGAUCCUCCUUCCUGGAGGUUGUCGUUUUAAACAAAUUACAAUAAGAUAAAAAAAAUAUAAAUAAUAAUAAUAAUAAAACAAGGAGGCUCAAGCCCCAAGGAACGAAAACAGCGAAACUUUGCGUGAUGCUCGAUAUACCAAGUCAAUAUAUGCACUAUUGUCUCGCGUUAUCUUGUGCGAAGUUUAUUGUGUUAUUGUGUAAGGGCUAGGGAUCAUUUUUACGUUCUUUGUGACACAAGCCGAAACUUCGGGGGAAAAUACCAGGCCCUCGUUCCACCGCGGUCAUGCUUCUUUUUUUUUUAUGAGGUUUCAUUUCAGGAUGUUAAGAAUUUGUUAAUGUGACUAUCUUUUCAACUGUACUUGCUCAACAACACAAAAUUUGAGCUUCCGCUCACUAAUAACCUUUCUCGCUAAGGCAAAAUCAUUCAUUCAAGGCUUAAUAGGGAUGGCUUUGACAAUUCCAUAGUUUGGAUGUAUAAGUUCACUUAUAACUUUUUUUCGUAAGCUUUAAACAGAUUUUUUGGGAAAUUAAGAGUUAACUUUUGUAAAAGGGAUAACAGGGAGAUUCGGAUAAUUACCUUAGCUUUCUUUUUUGAAGAAUUUUUCUUAGCUUGCCUUGCAAAUUUCAUCGUUUAAUAGCGGUAAAGGUUGUCGCAUGUCAUGACAUUCCUCGUUUUCUGGUCUUACCUGUAACUUCUAUGUAUUUUAUUUCCUUGCUUAGUUGAUGCUAUUCAUUGCAAAAUUAAACGGAGAUCCUGUCGCGAUUACUGCUGGAGGACUGGUGCCCAUCACCAAGCCGCUGAUUGUAACGGUACUGCUGAUAUAUCUGUACUUGCUAGAACAUUCUUAGGGUAUUCAAGGUAACGACGUACAAUAAGGAAAGUAAACUUUUUUCUCGGUCGGCCAAAUAAUCAAAAUUCCAAUCCAAACGUAGAGAUAUAAAUGCGCUACAAUAACGCCAACAACUCCUAAAUCAAAGGGACGCCGAUUGUUAUCAGACAAGUAAUAGAGGAAAUCGAAUGUUAGCAAGAGCUUUUAGUACUACUCGUAUUGGAAAGAUUCGCAGAAAACUAAGCCACUUCAAUAGCAAUGCUAUGUCUUUGAUGACUUAUUCCUUUGUCUUUCUUUCAGGUCACUGGCGUAGUUAUCACAUAUUUUGCCCUUCUGUAUGAGUUGAGGUAAUGAAAGCCCACUGACCGCUGGCCCACUGACUCUUCAGUCGACGGGAUGCUAUCACUGCUGACAACGGACUUGGGAGGAAUGGAGACUGAACCGUUGUUGUUUCAUUUUUAUUAGCAAAUUCCCAUAUAUUCUCUACAAAUCAUGUAUUAUUCUACAAACCAAAUUUAUUUUUUAAUUAAGGUAUGAGCCUGAGUCUUUCCCGUUUUGCCAGUUACCUAAAAGGUCUAUGAUAGUCUGUAAGAAUUUUCGUAAAAAGAAAAUUGUCGCAGUUUUAAAUUAUAUAAAUAUUACCUUAGGAGGAGGUAUAAAAAUGUAGCUAAUAUAUUUUGCAAAACGGGAAUUUGUUUAGAGGCUCAAAACUCACGUUCUUCUUACUAACUUAGCCGCAUUUGAAUCAGUUCAACUUUGUUCUCGUGAGAAAAUGACGCCAUUUCUACUCUCGGACCAACUCUCUCCUUGUAACUCGACCGGUGGUACAGUGCCACAGGCAUCCCUGCGUUUUGGACAUCCCCAUUACCAAAACCCUAGUGAUAUUCAUAGUCUUAUCACUAGGGUUUUGGGAAUACGAAUGCCAAAAACGCGGGAUGCCCUAUAACUGUAACACUGGAUAAUCAACAACCUUGUUCCCAGGCUCCUUUGUCUUCCUCCGAGAAACAUAUAGGACCAUGGGAACGAGGUUGGAUAAACUAGUCAUGGCAGAAAUUCGAACUUAGAAAUUACAAAUAAAAUACAAUAAUAAGCGUUUUAAAUGCAAGUAAACGUAGGAAAAACUAUUUACUAAAUAAAGACAAAAGAGGAGUGAUUUUUUUAUCACACGUAAGCGCUUGAAAUAUAUAACAGUUUUAACGCGUGAUUGUACCUUCUGUAUCAGC